AGGUGGUUGUAGAGUGAUAGGAACUGUGGGAAAGAAGCGAGUGAGGCGUUCAGGAAAAAAGAAGACUGUUGUAAGCGCUGCUGAAAUUGGUUUAGGGAGGUCUGCAGAAGCACUUAAGUUGGGAGUGUAGCUGAGUAAAAUGUCAGCAGCAGUAGAGGACCAGGAUAACAGCAAGAUGCGGUCAGUUUCAGUCGACUUGAACAACGACUCAAGCCUUUUAAUUGACAUUCCUGAUGCUCUCUGUGAAAGAGAUAAAGUAAAAUUUACAGUUCACACCAAGACUACAAUUAAUGUCUUUCAAAAACCAGAAUUUUCAGUGCCUAGACAGCAUGAAGACUUCAUAUGGCUACAUGACACUCUUGUUGAGACGGAGGAAUAUGCUGGGCUUAUAAUUCCACCAGUUCCUCCAAAGCCAGAUUUUGAAAGUCCUAGAGAGAAAAUGCAUAAAUUAGGAGAAGGGGAAUCCUCUAUGACAAAAGAUGAGUAUAUGAAAAUGAAACAAGAACUUGAAGCGGAGUAUCUUGCAGUAUUUAAAAAAACGGUACAGGUUCAUGAAGUUUUCCUUCAACGCCUGUCUUCUCACCCAGUGCUCAGCAAAGACCGGAACUUUCACAUUUUCUUAGAGUACGACCAGGAUCUGAGUGUCAGAAGGAAGAAUGCCAAGGAAAUGUUUGGAGGUUUCUUUAAAAACAUGGUAAAAUCAGCAGAUGAAGUUAUAAUAUCGGGAAUAAAGGAAGUUGAUGAUUUUUUUGAUCAAGAGAAGAACUUCUUAACUGACUACUACAAUAAAAUCCGUGAUGCAACGGCAAAAGCAGAGAGAAUGACCAGAGCUCACAAAAAUGUUGCUGAUGACUAUAUUCAUAUCUCCUCCAACUUAAAUGACCUUUCUGCAGAAGAAGCAGCUACACUUAAAAUGUAUCUCCUGAAAGUAGUAGAACUGUUUGAAAAGCUCCGGAAAGUAGAAGCAAGAGUGGCUUCUGAUGAAGAUCUGAAAUUGACCGAACUUCUAAGGUACUACAUGAGAGACAUUCAAGCUGGCAAGGAUCUUUUAUACAGAAGAGCAAGGGCUCUUGCUGACUUUGAAAACUCAAAUAAGGCAUUGGAUAAGGCCAGACUAAAAAGCAAAGAUGUUGCAAUAGCAGAAGAACAACAGCAGCUCUGUUGCCAGAAAUUUGAAAAGAUUUCAGAAUCUGCAAAGAAAGAGCUGACCAGUUUCAAAGCAAGAAGAGUUGUAGCUUUUCGGAAAAAUUUAAUUGAAAUGGCAGAACUAGAAAUAAAACAUGCAAAGAGUAAUGUUUCUCUUCUGCAAAGCUGCAUUGACCUGUUUAAGAACAAUUAAACUUGUACUGGCCUGUGUCCUGACUUGCACAAAAAGGGAGCGUAAACCCAACUACUGUUGCACUUCCAUUAUUUCUCGCCGUCUUUAGUUAAUUUCAAGCUGUGAGACUGCAAACAUUCCAAAUGAGAUUUACCAAUAUUUUAUUAUAAAGUUUAUAAAAGGUUUUUCAGUGCAGUUCUGCAGAGUUUCCUCUUAAAUGCAGGGAAAAAUACUGGGAUUUUUUUUUUUUUUUUUUGCCAAAUGUAUAAGAAAACUGGCCAUUUUUAUGGUUAAUAAGAGUGGACCUUUGCAUUGCAUAAUUUCUUCAUAUAGUGUAUCAACGUUACAUUCCUCUUUAUCUGGCACUUUUGUAUAAAUAAGCAUCUUUUUACCAUCUUUCAUGUGGAAAUGUGAUACUUUGGAGAUUGUGUAGCAAUAAAAAAUUUCCCUUUUGUAAUAACAGACAUGACCACCCUUAGUUUAACUCUCCAGGUGUCUAGUGAUGUAUGUAUUUGUGACUUCUGUUCAUGUGGUCAUUUUUUGUAGGAAUUUGCAUAUUUUAGAUUGCCACACCACAUUCCUGGCAUACAGCUGUCACUCCAGGUGAAGACCUGUCAGGUUUUCUCUCUCUUCCCCCCCUCCCCCCUUCAUGUUUUUUGUGUGGUGGAAGUAGGAUUACCCACACUGUUCUUUUAACAAUGUUGGUAACUAAGUUCAAGUUCAAAUCCUGCACAAGUCAGAAUUACAUUAUAUUUUCCUCAGACGUCUAAAAAUUGAUUUCAAUACAGUCCUUCCCCCCCCCCCCCCCCCCCCCCCUUGCAUUUAACAUCCCUCAUGUCCAUUGGUAGUAAUGCUGCUUUCCAGUGGGAAAUGGUGAGUACGCAACUUUAAUCUUGGAAAUAAGAAAACUGCUCCCAAAUAUAACAAUUAAUAAUUGGUCAAAUAUAAAUUGUUGAUAUUGUCUUUUUGUUUAGUUAUUCCCUGCUAAGAUAAAUGUAAAAAGGUUCUCACUCUCUUACCAUUUUAUUGCAUCACACCUUAUAGAUAACUAUUUCAUGUAAAUAUUAAGUUCUUUCAUUAUUUAAAAGCUUGUUCCCAUUUUUAUUUGUGUUUUGAUGGUUAAAUAGCCUUUUAAACUAAUCCUGGAUUUUGAGUUGUAUUCCAGGCUACUUCUGCAUCUUGCUUUUUUUUUAUGCUCAACUUUCCUUGAGAAGAAGAAUAUCCAGACAUAAUCUGCAAAACCAUCUUAAAGCCUUCUGUUAGGUUUGAUUGGGUUCAAGAAGCUUGUCCAGCAAGUAUACACUUUAUAUGCAGGUCUACAUAUAUUACUGUGUACAUACUUGUGAUGGACAGAGAAGCAUAUUGUUGUAUUGACUCCAAGGUACCAAAUCCGUGACUAGAGUGAGCUAAUGUUUGGUGUAAUUACCGUAUGUCUCUCACAUUUAAAUUAUUUCUUGCAUUCUGAGUUUGCAUUUUUCUUUGAAGCUCAAGUUCACUUCAGAUAGAUGAACCUUUGUAUGUUGUGCAAAUUAAUUUUGAAAUCCUUUUUAGUGGGUUUUGUUACCGAUGGGGGUCAAAUUUUACUUCAGUACCUUAAAGCAAGAGUGUCAGACUCCGUUUUAUUGAGGGCCAUAAAUAACAAUGGUGGCAUUUUGUGUACUUUGCACUUUUUAUUGUUGAGUCAUUAAGAGCCACUGAUUUCAGUUCUAACUACAGAUUACUCUGUUUUUGGUGAGCUAUACUGCACAGAUAAAUGCGAACAGACAUGAGAGACACAUUUUGAGGGCAGAUGUAAAUUAAAUACAGAUAAAAUUCAUAUAUAAAAUGCACAGUAAAGGGGGAAAAAUGAAUGGCUAUCGUGGCCCAUAUGUAGCAUGGUUUGAAUAUUGAUGAAGAUUGAAUAUUGAUGAAGCGGGCCACUUUAAAAAGUGCUGUGAGCUUGACACCACUGCAUUAAGGGAUAAGUCAAACAUUUUUGUUAAGUCAGUAUUUUUCCCUUCUAUACAGUUGUAUUUAUCUUUUAAGAGAAACUUUCAUUGUUAAGUUAAACAUGCAACCCAAAAGGCUUACAGUAGUGAUCUGACAGACACCAGAAAGAAUGUGAAACAAAAGCUGUCAAACAUCUUUAUUUGCCUUUUAUAACAUCUUUGGGUCAAAUUUAACUUGUUUUUGUGUUUAGAAAUAAGUUAAAGCACUGUAAAUUUCUUCCGUUCCCCCCGUCGUCCUCCCAAGAUUUCCCAAAAUUAAUGAUCAGUAAAAAAAAAUUAAAUAUUCCACAAUUUGUACAGCGUCUGAAAAAUAUUUACCUUGCCAUGUCUUUUGGGUCAAUUUUGACCCACCUUUGACUUUAAUGGAUCUUCCACUAUUUAAGGUGGAGUGUUUGUUCACCACCAAUAACAUCUUCAGUGUAAUUUCAGCUCAGAGUUUCAGAACAUUACAUUUUAGUAUAGUUGCUACACAUUUUGAACACUGCCAUGUCUUUCAGGUUAAUAUUUGUUGAGGUUCUGCAAAAGCUAAUUUUUCCCUUGGGCCAUAUAAAGUGUUGUCUUUCCACUUUUAUAUAUCUACUUCAGCAGAUUUUACUUUUUUUUUUUGUUUUGUUUUUUUUUAGUAGAUUCUACUCUCCGUUUAGGUAGGUUUGUUUACUUCCAACAAAAACAUCUUAAAUAUCAUCAGUUCCAAAAUAUAGGAUCAUCAUUACUACAAGAUAAAGACGGUUGGGGUGAAAAAUGUGACAUCUAGGGCAGUCACAGCAUUGAGUCAGCAUAUUAAAAAGUUGUGAGGGUUAACUAUCUACUGUCCUGAACACAUGUGUUGUGGCUUUAAAAACAUUCAAGAGGUGUGCUUUCUGACAAUCUUAACACUACACCAUAUUUUUCACAGGACUUUACUCAGAAUUGAGUGGCUUAUCCCCAAAUGUUUACCUUUUGGCUUUCCUUCAGUACUUAUUGUGAGAUAAAAGGUAAUUAGGUAUGUUUGCUCUAUUCCUAAAUUUGUUAUCCAGUAGAGAAGCUUGGAGAUGUAUUGUGUUCGAGUAUACAAACUCGAAAGAAAACUAAGUUGAUAAUUCAUGACUUUUUUUUUUUUUUCUUUGAUUGUGAAUGAAUCAAGUCGACUUAACUUAUACUCUGUAUAGUUUAAAUAAAUCACCAUUUAAUGUGACAACUUUCACAUUGGCAACCUUUUGCAUGUUGAUUAGAAUUUCACUGUACUCUGUGCACAUGACAAUAAUGACUUGAUAAAUCUAUUUUUGGAUUUUUCCCCCUUCACAUUUUAUACAUUGUGCACAUUGGUAUGUACUGUGCACUGUGUAUAAUUUACUGAGAGUGAAACCUGCCCUUUUUUUCCAGUUCUUUGUUAUAAUUAUAGCCCAACAUUUGUGGCAUCUGUCAGAGAAGUGCCAGGCUGGGAUGAUUGCUGCCAUGGUUGCUACAGUAACUGCUAUAGAAGACAUCAGUAUAUCAUGUUUGGUAGCACUUUGCAGCAUUUCAGCCUUGGUUUGAUUCUUUUGCAUGUUCUCCCUGUGAUUUGUGGAUAUUCCAUGAAGACUACUUUGGUUGCCUUCCACAGUCUUUAAGAUGAGCUGCUGAGUUGAACAGUGACUGCUUGCCUUGGCAUGAGUUUGUGUCGACUAUAUUCUCUCUCAAGUAGGUUGUGGCUCUCCAUUUUUGCAUCUGUUGAACUGCAGCUCCCUACAGCCUCAGAUAGUUAAGUAGAUCGCCAAGGGACCAAAAUAAAUUCUAAAAUACAAGUGUUGGGUUUUUCUCAUUGAAUGUGCAGGUAAAGAUUUUUCUCCAGAAACAUUUAUGGAGAAAAAUUUGAUGGAAACUUUCUCAAUAUGGUUAAUUGACUGAUAUAAUGUGUAUUGUAUUGCUUUUAUAAUAAAUAACAAAAUUUGUAUAGAACACAAAGUCCAAUUUUACAAGCAUGCAUUUGACUUAAAGGAUGAUUUAUUUUUAAAAUAGAGUAUAAAUAAAUGAUACCUUUCAGUAA